AUGGAAGUGGUUCUUGGACCUUCGGUAUUCGGUUUCCGGUGCUGGCGAAGAGGAUGGAUCAAACUGUCCUGGUCUGCUCCCACAGAUCGUCACGCGUGUCGAAGCACCAUGCGGGACAUCAUCGAGGCCGGCAAGAUCAGUCAUGAUCGCAGCCGCAACAAGUACAAGUACUUAAGGACGUUAAAUUCGCGCUAUGGGAUCGAGGUGCCUCUGGUGCUUAUGAACUCGUUUAAUACGCAACGCGACACUGAUUCUUACCUCCGCAAAAUAUCCAAGAGGGAUCUGAAGAUCUUCACCUUCGAACAGAACAGGUUUCCAAGACUAUUGGAGGAAACUAGUCUUCCUUUUGCCAAGUCGAUGCAAUUGAAGCAAGAUUAUGAUCCUGCCUGGUACCCGCCAGGGCACGGCGACCUAUACCGGUGUUUCUAUGAGUCCGGACUCUUGAAAAAGUUUAUCAAUGAGGGGAAAACUUGGGCCUUUGUUUCAAAUAUUGACAAUCUUGGCGCUACGGCUGACCCCACUAUUCUCUGUUAUCUGGAGGAGCAACGCAAGAACAAAACAUCCAAGCAGGCAGAUUUUGUCAUGGAAGUGACCCCAAAGACGCUCUCAGAUAUCAAAGGAGGAACACUGGUCCGGUAUAAAGAGCGCCUUCGACUACUGGAAGUCGCUCAAGCAAGUCAUUACAUCGAUUCCCUCUAUUUACCUAUUUUGACCAUGUCCCCCUAUGCUCCUGCGAAAAUUAUGAUGGGGACAAACGUAGAAGUGUUAUAUGUCAAGGACAGUUCUGGGCCUCUUCGACUACUGGAAAGCGCUCAAGCAAGCCCUUACAUCGAUUUCUCGUUGAUUACCUAUUUCGGUCAAGCUCCCUACACUUCUAAGCAAAUUCUUAUAGGUAGGCAAUUCCGAAUUUUCGUCUUGUCUCCUAACAUAAACAGUUACCGAGUAAAAUCAUCUCCCAUCCUAUCCGGAAAGCCAUUUUUUCAAGCUUCGCUCCUCAGAAGGCACAAAGAUUUGCGCAUUGCAUGUUGGAAAAUGAGAACGCCUACGUCAGCAACAUUGAGCCCAGUCACCCGAGCGAUCAAACACUGCAGCGCAGACGUUGCCUGCCUCUGCUGUGCACUUUUCAGAUGCUGA